AUGGCUUCUGCGACCGGAAUCCCGCCUAAUUCCGCUGCCGCGCGCGGCCAGAGCGAAGAAGAGCCGCUCCUCGGCAGAAGAGGCGAUGCAAGCCAGAUGCAGGGCCAGCCGCUGUAUCACAACUUGUGGAUUGGUACUGCCCCCAUUGCCCAGGCCGGUAUCUGGAUUCUCGCCGCCAUAGUCUGGGGCGCCAUCUUCUCCAACAAACUCAUCUUCUUCUCCGCGCAUCCGGCCGGCUUCCUCCUCGCCAUCCAAGCAACCCUUAUCCUGCAACCCACGCACACGCCCGACCAAAAGCGCGCCGGCACACUCGCCCACUUCCUCUUCCACGUCGUCGGCGCAUCCGCCCUAACCGCCGGCCUCAUCAUCAUCGAAAUCAACAAGCAAGGUCCCGGCCACGAGCACUUUGCCUCUGCACACGCCCGUCUCGGUCUCGCCUUUUACGUUCUCGUGUACCUCCAGGCGCUUGUUGGCUUCACCCAGUACUACGUGCCCCAGCUGUAUGGUAGUGUUGAGAAUGCUAAGAGCAUCUACAAAUACCAUAGACUGUCUGGUUACUUUAUCGCUGUGCUGGGUCUAGCUACUAUUUGUGCGGCUACGUGGACUACGUAUAAUAUCUAUGUGGGGCAUAUGCAGCAUUGGGCGGUGAUUACGGCGAGUGUGCUUGUCUUGGUUGGUGUGGUGCCUAGGAUUCGGCUCAGCAAGUUUGGGAUUAAGAGGCAGGGUGAGGUUAGGUUGUAG